AUGGGUAUCUCUAAGAUUGGCGUUCCUUUCCGAAUAGUUUCAAAAUCUGCACGACCGUCGGUAUGGCCGUCGCGUCUGCAGCAAGCAUGGCGACAGUACUCGUCAGUGCCGAGCAGUAAGCUGCCGCUCGACGGGUAUCGCGUGCUAGACAUGACGAGAGUCUUGGCUGGGCCAUACUGUACCCAAAUUCUGGGUGACCUGGGAGCCGAGGUCAUCAAGAUUGAGCAUCCCACGAGAGGUGACGAUACCAGAGCCUGGGGUCCGCCGUACGUCACAUACAAGACUGAAUCCGCCAAAGAAGGACCUGGAGAGUCAGCAUAUUUCCUCGCUGUAAACCGCAACAAGAAGUCGUUGGGUCUCAAUUUCCAACACCCAAAUGGCAUAGACAUCAUUCAUAAGCUUGUUGCGAAAUGCGACAUUUUGGUUGAGAACUAUCUACCCGGAACCCUUAGGAAGUACAAGCUCGACUACGACACGUUGCGCGCUAUCAAUCCGGGGCUCAUCUACGCUUCUAUUACUGGAUACGGUCAGACGGGGCCUUACUCCGAUCGUGCAGGUUACGAUGUCAUGGUCGAGGCCGAGUUCGGUCUCAUGCACAUUACAGGAAGCAGAGACGGCCCGCCAGUUAAGGUCGGCGUUGCUGUGACGGACCUGACGACGGGGUUGUACACGAGCAACAGCAUCAUGGCGGCGCUGCUUGCACGAGCAAAGACAGGCAAGGGACAGCAUAUCGACGUCGCGCUCAGCGACUGCCAGACGGCGACGCUAGCAAAUAUAGCGAGUAGCUGUUUGAUCAGCGGGAAGAAGGAUUCCGGCCGCUGGGGCACCGCACAUCCGUCAAUCGUGCCUUAUCGCUCCUUCAAGACCAAAGAUGGCGACAUCCUUUUCGGCGGCGGUAACGACCGUCUCUACGGCAUCCUCUGCGAGGGUCUUGGCAGACCAGAGUGGAAGGAUGACGCCAAGUACAAGACCAACGCCCAGCGCGUUGCGAACCGCAACGAGCUCGAGGCGUUGAUCGAGGAUAUCACCGUCACCAAGACGACGGGCGAGUGGCUAAAGGUAUUUGAGGGCAAAGGGAUGCCGUACGCGGCGGUCAACGACGUCCAGGGUACGCUGAACCAUGAGCAUACGAAAGCGAGGAAUAUGGUCGUCGAGAUGGAGCACGCUGAGUGCGGGCCGAUCAAGUUGGUCAACACGCCUGUCAAAUACUCUGAGAGCGAGCCGACUAUCCGGACGGCGCCACCAACGCUGGGUCAGCAUACAAACGAGGUGCUUGGGGAGCAACUGGGGCUGUCUGAGGAGCAUAUUCGAGAGCUGAAGACCGAUGGAGUGAUUGGAUGA